AUGCGCUCCUUCUCGCCUGAUGUGAAGGCAGGUACAAUCUCUUCAAUUUCGGACACGAUUGGCAAGAACAUAUCUGUCGAAUGGGACCAUCAUGAGGAAAAGCGAUUACUGAGGAAGAUUGACAUUCGCUGCAUGCCUGCUUUAGUUAUUCUUUUCAUCUUGAAUUUCCUCGUGAGUCGGGGAAAUUUAGCCAAUGCCCGUCUCAAAGGGCUACAAACCGAUCUGAACCUCAAUGACACUCAAUACGCAACGUGCAUCUCUGUUCUGUUCGCAGGGUAUAUCCUUAUGCAAGUGCCCAGCACCCUCAUCAUGAACGCGAUCCCGAAGCCUAGGCUAUUCAUGGCUACCGUAGUAGGCCUCUGGGGAAUCAUUUCCGCGCUGACAUCUCUCUGCGACAACUUCUCUGAUCUCGUCGUGUGUCGGUUCUUCCUAGGAUUCGUUGAGGCUGCGUUCUACCCUUCUGCAGUGUAUUACCUCUCAAGAUGGUAUACACGCAAGGAAGUUGGCUUUAGAAUCGCGUUCUUAAAUGCUGGGAAUAUGUUAGCUCAAGGUCUCGGUGGUUUAUUCGCUGCGGGUAUACUAGGAGGGAUGGAAAAUGUAAAAGGUAUUCGCGGCUGGAGAUGGCUCUAUAUAAUCGAGGGCAGCAUCACCGUUGCCUUUGGUUUGUUAUUGCCCUUCAUUCUUGCCGACUAUCCUUCCAGUACCAAUUGGCUUUCUGACCGCGAACGGGUCAUUGCGCAAGGCCGUCUGGUCACGGAUGUCGGUAUCAUUGAUAAUCCAGAAAAUGACGAAAAAUCUGGUUCUGGGAUCAUGCGAGGGGUACUCAUGACUAUAUCAGACAUCAAAGUCUGGGCUUUGGCUUUCAUGUACUUCACCUACAUUAUGGGUUUGUCGUUUGCAUCAUACAUGCCAACAAUCACUGCGACGCUUGGGUUCUCGACUACGAUCACUCUUCUCCUUACCUUUCCCCCAUGGGCUUUUGCCACUGUCUACGCUCUGGCCAAUUCUUGGCACUCUGAUCGAACAGGCGAUAAGUUUUGGCAUAUUGCCGGUGCUUAUGGCUUCGCCAUACUCGGUUAUAUCGUCGCUUUGACUGCCAACACGGUUUCCGGAAAAUAUGUUUCAUUGUUCGGGAUGUGUAUGGGCUAUAGUGGUAUCAUCAUUCUCGGCUGGAUCAGCACCUCAAUACCACGCCCACCCAUUAAGCGCGCGGCGUCCAUUGCUUUCAUUAAUGCUUUCGCUAAUAUUGGACAAAUUCCGACUUCGUAUUUAUGGCCUACGAGGUGGGGUAAACGCUACUGGCAAUCCUUUACCACCGAAAUAUGCUUGAUGGCGUUAAGUUUAACGAUUGCAUUUGCUUAUCGACAAUAUUUGAUAUCACAGAAUGAGAAACUAGACAGGGGUGAAGCUGAGGCCUAUAUAACUGACGAGGAAAUUGUUAAGCAGAGUGCAGACUUGGUUCAUGCGACCAUGCAGCAAGAAGAAGUUCUUGUUCAUUCGUUCAGAUAUCUUUUUUAA